CAGAAAAAGUUUGGUAAUGCAAAAGCCAUAUCUUCUGAUCAGUUCUUUGGUGGCAAAAGAGAUCUCGAUUACGAACAGCGAACAAAUCUGAAUCGUUUUGAGGGCUCUAAUAGUAUCAGUAGUGAUGACUACUUUGGACGAGCGGUGCCCCAAAGCUCGAAGGCAUCCUCAAUGUCUAACUUCAAUGGACCCAAUCUGUAUGACAUCAAAGAAGGUGUUCGCGAUGGCGUCACACAAGUGGCCGGAAAGUUGUCUAAUUUAGCCACUAAUGUCAUGUCUUCUCUACAGGAAAAAUAUGGCGGUUAUUGAAAAUGAUUUACUAUUUUAUUUAAGUUCUGGAAAUAAUUUUUUGUUACAAAAAUAUCGGAU